AUGCUGCGUCAUGAUCACAAUCGAGAAAAACCAAUGGUUGAAGAAAAAUCGAUACAUCGUCAUGAAUCUCAUCAUGGACGUUUAAAUCGAAAAUCAACUCUCAUUAUUGAUCAGUUAAAAACAAAAGUUAAACGAAAAAGAUUAUCAAAACAAGAUACAUUGGAUUUAUAUGAUGAGACAUUAAAUCAAAAUAUAAAUGGAAAUAUAAAUAAUAAUAACAAUAAACAAUCAGAACCGAAUCAUCAUGAAUAUCAACAUAAAGAAACUUCAACAGUAAUUCAUACUCAAUCAACUAUACCAUCAAUCACAAAUUUAAAAGAAUCCGCAUUCGAUAAUAAUGGUAUCACACAUGAUGAUGAUGAUCAUAUUGUGCCUAUUGAAAAUAAUGAACAAGAUGUAAUUGUUCCUAAUGAAAUCCAUAAUGAUGAAGAUAUAGAAGAAAAUGUUCAACAGCAAAGAAAUUCUACAAAAUCUGAUAAAAGUAGAAAACUAACUAGAUCACAAUUGAAAUCAAACUCUGUUACUGAAAUAGCUAAUCAUUCCAAUACAAAAAAACGACGAUCAAUGUUAUGGCAUACGAGUUUUCAAAUUCGUGAUGAAGAUUUUCAUACUAUAUUCAAUGAUUUACCAUCAGAUGAACAGUUAAUUAUCGCUUAUCCAUGUGCUUGGAAAAAAGAUGUAUUCAUGCAUGGUCGAAUUUUUCUCUCAUUUAAUUAUUUAUUAUUUUAUGCAUGUUUUUUCAAAUGGGAACAACGUUUAUGUAUUUCUUAUAAAGAUAUUAUUAGUGUAAAAAGAGAAAAUUCUGCUAUAGUUCUUCCAAAUGCAAUUAAAUUGCGAACAAAAAAUCAAGAUGAAUAUUUAUUUGCUACUUAUAUACCGAGAGAAAAAAUUUUCAUUUCUAUAUUUCGUUUAUGGCAAAAUGCUUUACUUGACCAACCAUUAGAUUAUCGACAAAUACGAGCAUUUGUUUUGGCUGAUCAAUAUACUCAUAAUGAAUCAAGUGAUGACAGUGAAGAAAAUAAUGAUGAAGAUGAUCAUAGGUCACGUCCUAGAAGAUCGAAUAGUUCAACGGAAUCAUUCAUACAAUCAGUAGAAUCUCCGACACGAACAGUAGAACCUCCGACACAAUCAAUAGAACCUCUGACACAAUCAAUAGAACCUCCGAGACGAUCAGAAGAAUCAUCUCGACGUACUAUCUCAUUCAAAUUGGAUGAUGAAAAUAUAACUUAUUUACGUACAUGUACAUGUGAAAGUCAUCCCGGAAAAACAUAUGCAGAUAAAUUAUUUAGUUUUAAUGUUGAUACACUUUUUGAAUUAUUAUUUGGUGAUAAUUCAUUUACACGUGAUUUUCAUAAAGAACAAAAGUUAAUUGAUUAUACUUUUGGUGAAUGGAUUUUAAAUACUGAUACUGGAAAACGAGAACGUCUGGUAACAUAUAAAACAGUUAGUCAAUCCGUUCUCGGUACUAGUAUGCUUUCCUGUCGAGAAAAACAAACGUUAGAAGUAGAAAAACCACAUUUAAUGUACAUUCUAAAUACAGAAGUAUACAAUGAAGGAAUUAGAUAUACAGAUACAUUUUAUGUUGCAACACGAUUCUGUAUGAUACAAUAUGAUGCUGAACAUAGUUCAUUACGAAUUACUGCUGAAAUGCGAUACAUUAAACAUAUCAAUGGCUUUAUUAAAACAAUUCUUGAAAAAGUUGUGAGUUCAUCUAUGGAAGGAGGAGUUAAUAAGCAAGUUCAAAGACUUGCAAAUCAUCAAGUAGUAAAUAUGGAACAUAAGUCUAAUCAUAAAUUAAUGCCACCAUCUCAAACACAUUCAAAACAAUCAAUUGAUAAUAUUAUAUCUCAAACAGAAAGUGAUGAAAAUUCAUCAGUUGAGGCAACGAGUUCAUCUGAAUUUAAAUUAUCUCUUAAAGAAAAGACAAUUACUGAUGAACGUGGAGUAUACAAUAUUGGUCUAGUUAUUAUUAUGUGUUUUCUAUUUGUUCAUAUUUAUCUAUGGUAUAAAUUAAAUUCUAUUGAGCAAGCUUUAUUACCACCUGAGACAAUUGUUAACUAA